ACGCCUGCAGAGUUUCGUACCUUCACUUUACUCGGCUCAUCUUAAUCACUCUAACUAUCAUUUAGUAGUUCUGUGUUGCUUAGGUAACGCGCAGCUGGGAGCGAUUGCCGCUUGUAGUGUGCAUUCCUUUGGGCAGCACAUAUCGAUCUUUAGCCUCGUUUACUGCUCCUCAGCACCUCCCAACACCUUUCGUGCAAAAUUGCGACGUUUUCGACACACUGAUGAAGUUGUCAGAGAGCUGACGCUCUAACAUCGGCUUUCGCAAACAUGCGACAUAUCGUCGUACGCUAAGUCAACUUCCGAGGGCAUGAUGGCGACUUCACUGCCGUCAAGCGACCCUACUGCUUUCCAGCAUGAGCCCUUGGAUCAUACACAACCAUCGAUCAGGCUCAUUCGAAUCAACAGUGGCCUUUCUGCAGAAGGCCAUAUUCGGUGUGAAAUAUCGCAUACGACUACCAAUGCCAGAUACACUUGUUUAUCCUAUCGAUGGGGCGAUACGUCUACCUCCACAUUGAAAGUCAUUAUGCUAAAUGGAAAACCAUUCAUCGUACGUCAGAAUCUGCACGACUUUCUACAUGCGGUCUCCACAGAGCAUCAUAUGUCGCACUUCACAAAGGAAAAUUAUUGGAUCGAUGCCUUGUGUAUAAACCAAUCCGACAAUUCAGAGAGAAAUCACCAGGUUGCUCAAAUGGGCAAAAUCUACGCCAACGCAUGGCGCGUCCACAUAUGGCUCGGGAAGACGUCGGACGCUGGUCAGAUAGCCGAAGUAUUUGCAAAAGAAUUCGCUCCCACCUACUACAAUCCCGGCGCAGUUAUUGAUCUGCGGAAAAAGACCGAGCUUGUAACGAGAUAUGUUUUGCAUAAUGACUAUUGGAACCGGGCUUGGGUCAUACAAGAGAUCAUCCUAGCAAACAGCGUCAUCAUAUCACUGGACGCCACAACACUUCCGCUGCGACAUUUCUGCGAAAGAAUGCAUCAGAUCCCUGUCUACAUCUGGCAGACACCAUUCGAACAGUUCGAUACGCUUGGAAGUCAUGAUGGGCACGCAGUGCUGCGCGGCAAGAGUCUCCUCUUAUUGUUGCACUGGUUCCGUGACAAACAAUGUUCGAUACCCCAUGAUCGCGUUUUCGCUCUACUAGGAAUCUGUCAUGAAUCAGAUAAGCUAGAAGUUGACUACGAGAUGCGCUUGUCAGAUCUGGCAUUUCAUGUUCUCAGACAUCCAGACGAGCUGUGCAUUUGCGUAGCAGCUUUGGUCGCAAGAAGUCUUGCACCCGCUCCCCAUCAGAAUGGUGCCAAACCGCAAACUACCACCCGGCGGUUGAUGUUGUCAUUCGCUGGAGAUCAUAUUGAGAAAACUCCCUAUGAAACGAUGAUUGAUCUGAGUCUCCAUUCCCAUAGUACAUCCGUACCGGACUGGAUACUGAAUGAAGCGAUGGAUUGUUUAGGUCUUUGUUCCGAUACUGUAUCCCUAUCGUCCCGGAGACAAUAUGAAUGCUUCCGAAAACUAGUAGAGGAGUUUGGAAAACUGUUCUGGCGAAGUUUACUUGGAUCCUACAUACGAAAGCGUCAAAUGGGCCGAGUUCCGCUCGCUCAUGCAGUGCGCGAGGUCCUGAUGUCAGAGCCGAGUGGGCUACGUUGGAAGAGUGACCCUAGCAACAAGUCAUACCAUUGGUAUGUAGACAGUGAUGGAUGGAGCGUUGGUAUUUGUGACAAGGAUCCCCAAUUCUGUCGUGUGCGCAUUGCCUUCGAUCGGUUGCGAGAUAUAUUUCCUGCAAACAAUGUAUGUAUCUUUCCAAAAAGGAGCUUCCUGAAUCUUGAGAAAGCUGGAAACCCCAGCAAGUUUCCCAAGCCACUCUCGGAGCCAGUACCUUCUAAUCCCCCAGUCAUGGAGGAUAUCGAACGUUUCGAUAAAAGCAGCCUGUUUAAGAUGGAAUGGGAGAACUUCAUCGACGAAGUCUGAUCGCCUACGAUAGAGAUGGAGAUCGAUGUAUAUUAUCAAGUAGAAAGCUAUGUAUAGAAUGAAAUGGCCU